AUGGCAUCUACGUCAAAGCGUUCUCAAGAGCAUGAACUGGCUGUUGGCUUCAAGAAAGUUCGAGUCACCAUUUUGGCUUCAGAAUGGGGGUCAAGCAAAGGAGUGCUCUCCACCAUAAGCAGAGAAUUAGCCGUACAGCUGGCAAAACUCCCUGAGGUGGAAAUCACUGUCUUUUUACUAAGAUGUAGCGAAGAGGAUAAAAACCAAGCCCUGUUGAGCAAUGUUAAGAUUGUUGAGGCAACAAGACAUCCUGGCUUUGAUGAACUGGACUGGCUCAGCUUUCCACCAGAACAUUUGCAAAUUGACGUAAUUGUUGGUCAUGGGGUCAAACUCGGUCAUCAGGUACAAGUCAUUAAAAAAUCGAAAAAAUGCAAGUGGGUGCAAGUGGUACACACUGACCCAGAGGAACAAGAAAUGUUUAAGUCAUACAGCAAGCCGAUUUCUAAGGGCCAAGAAAAGCACAGGACUGAAGUGGAACUGUGCGAAAUGGCAGAUCUUGUUGUGGGGAUUGGGCCCAAGUUGAGCGAGGCGUUCAGGUCAUAUCUUCGAAGCUGUCACAAAGAUCAAAAUGUUGUUGAUUUUACCCCAGGUCUUUUUGAUGAAUUUAAAAGUGUAAAACAAAGUCCCGAAGAAAGAAAACACUGUAGCAUCUUAGUGUUUGGCCGCGAAGACGAUGAAGACUUCGAAUUAAAAGGAUUUGACAUUGCUGCGAGAGCUGUUGCUCCAUUGCGUGACACUCGUCUUGUGUUUGUUGGGACCCCAGAUGGAAAGCACGAGGAAAUAAAAGAGAAGUUGACAGGAUGCGGUGUUCCUGCUAGAAACUUGAGGGUGAGAGGUUUUGUGCAGAGUCGGGAGGAUUUAAAACGCUUGUUUCUUGAAGUUGACCUUGUACUUGUGCCUUCAAGAACAGAGGGAUUUGGGUUGACAGGACUUGAGGCCCUGUCAGCUGGUGUCCCUGUGCUUGUCAGUAGCAACUCAGGUUUUGGUGAAGCACUGAGCAAGGUACCAUUUGGCUCAUCAUUUGUGAUUGAUUCAGAGGACCCUGAAGAGUGGACCGCAGCUAUUAAAAAGGUGUGGGGCAAAGACAGACAAUGGCGUCUUGAGGAGGCUGAAAUGGUGCGCACUUCCUAUGAGAGGAAAUACAACUGGGCCAACCAGAGCAGAGAUCUUCUUGGCAAGAUGAUCAGCUUGCUUAAUGGUAUGACAUUUAGCUACCUUGUGGCAGAAGUUGUUUAGUAGAUGCAAUUAGGAUUGUGUCAGUGAGAGUAUGAAUUAAGCCGUCAGAUAUCUUUUAUUUUUUACGGAAAAAAUCAGCGUUAAUUAUUCACUGUUGUAAAGAUGGAUGCAAUUCUACUGGGAUCCAAAACCCCAUGAGGGCCAUGACCACCCAAGAAUCAACUGAAGGUUUAAUGUAAGGCAUAGUUGUCAGGCCAUAUUUGACUCACGUGUUGCAUACUUGGAUUGUAUGAAAUGUGGCAUCUUUGAAGCCAAGAGAACUGUUUUUAAUAGGUUGGUGUCUUUAUUAUAGGGGUAGGUAUUGUAUGAAGUUUGGCAUCAGUGUGACUAAUAGACUGCGAGCAGUCUUAUUUUUCUUUGCAAAGUUACUGCACGCGAAACCUAAGCACGCGAGCGGCAAAGCCGCGAGCGGCGAGAAACGAGGGCGUCUGGCCUCAAUCCCUUAUUGUAAUAAUAAGGUCGUGGUUUGCAAUCGCGCUGGAUGAGAUAAGAACUAGACGGAUUUUAAGAGAAAAGGCGGACUGCAAGCAGUCUAUGUGACUAAAAGAACUGUCCGUAAUGGAGAGGUAUCCGUAACGGGAGGUUUGACUGUAUAAGCGCUACCAACCUUAGAAAAUAAUUAUAAGCAAUAAGAAAUUUCUUUUCCUGCUUUACUAAAGCUAUAAAAGUUGAUUACUCUCAUGUUUGCAUUAACAGGUAAAUCGGAUAUAAAUACCAGUCAGCGGGAACGAUUUGCAGGCGCCGGCCCUCGGGAGGUGUCUUUACAAGACGCCCUCACCGUGAAGCUUCUGAAGUUGGAUGACCAACGCAGGGUGGAAGAAGGUUUAACAGAAGUGGAAGCUGAGAGACAGAACUCUGCUGUCCAUCAAAUCAGUUAUGGUAAUGAGAAGAUUUCCCUAUUACAAUGAAAAAGUUCAACGGAACAGCGCGCUUUUGUGUCCCAAUUCCAAACUUUUUUUACUGCAUGAUUUGUUACCUCAGUUUUAGGAGGACCUGUGUAUCGCAGGACACUAGUCACGCACACAAGAAAAAACGUUAGUUUAGCUUUACAUGUGGAGGAUAAUUUUCUUCGUUUUUCUUUUUAAUGCAGAGAUCGCUAACUGUGAAUCAGACAUCGCAUUCUUUGGCGGGCGUCAUCAUAAAGAUACAAGACAGUGGCUGUUUGACGAUUUUGACAAAUGGUUCAGUGAUCCUGGCGACUCCAGAGCUUAUGUUCUCCUCGGGGAUGCAGGAGUCGGUAAGAGUGUGAUAGCAGGGGUGCUGGCGCAGCGUAUGAAGAAAGCUAGGCGUCUUGGUGCUGCCUACUUUUGCCGUCAUUAUGAUGGCACCAGAAAUGAUCCAAGAAAUCUUCUCGGGACUAUAGCCUGUCAGCUAUGUAAUUGUAAUAGCCAGUACAGUAAUAAAAUGGGAGGGGAGGAUGGUGUAAGAAUAAUGUUAGCUAAUUCUAAUUUAGGGGUUCAGGAACUAUGUACCAAAUUACUUGAAGAGCCACUAAGUAGGUGCAGUCCAUUUCAGCGCAAACUAGUCAUUAUUGACGCUCUAGACGAGACAGAGUACAAGUCCAGGAAAGAUUUCAUUUGUCUUAUUAAAGAGCGUUUCCCCCGGCUCCCAGAAUGGCUUGUGUUCUUUAUCACCAGUCGCCCUGAAGACAUGUUACAGAACAGAUUGGCGAAGUACAACCCGUGUGUUAGAAUUUGCGCGGGAAAUGGUGAACAGCGCACUCUUUACUAUCAGCAACAUGAACAGGACAUUCAGCGCUUUUUAGAAAAAAGUGUAAAUUUUUCCCGUCUUCCUUGUUCGGUGCAAGACGUCACACGGAGAUGUAACGGACUCUUCUUAUAUGCUUUUUACAUUGCGCAAGAACUUAACGAUUCAUUACAUUCAGGUAAGAUUGAUCAAUUAUGCGACCUUUUUCCAGGGGAUAUUGAAGACUUUUUUGAAACGAAUUUAAAACGUGUUUGCGAUAAAGUGGGAGAAGAUCUUUAUAGGAAGUUAUUAGGUUGUAUCAUGAAUGCGCCAUCUCCGCUUCCCGUAUCGUUUGUUUCGUUUGUUCUUCACAGAGAAAACUCAAGUCUUAAUGAGCAAAAGGUUAUCGACGCCGUUUCCCAAUUUGUGGUGAUGCAAAAGAGGGUUUCUUUUCUUCACAGUUUGAUUCCAGCUUGGUUAACAAACAAGAAAAAAGCUCAAGAGUUGUAUAUUGACCCAAAAGAGGCAGGUGGUUACCUCACUGAAAUUGUUAAGGAAAUUCUGUCUGCCUUUGUUGGCCAACCAAGACUGGAUUUAGAUCACGUUGAGAGAGAUUUACAGAGCUUUUCUCUUCAUUUUGCUGUCCACAUGUUGUGCCAACAUGCCCAAAAGGAUUCUUUGGAGCUUGUUUUCAGGUGCUUAACAAGUUAUCGCUUCUUAGAAGAAAGGAUUAGUAGUGGUAGAUUUGGAAUUUACCAUCUACUUAAAGAUUUUCAACGUGCAGUCAGCUGCCUUGCUGUCAAGCAGAGAAAAAAACAGAACAUCUUGCAGGAAAUUUCCGUAGCUAUCGAAAGUGAUGUGCAUGUUCUGGUAGAAAGUCCUCACCUGUUGCGGUCAUGUAUUCGAAACUCCUCAGAUGUUGUCCAAGAAAACAUUUUGAUUCCUCAAGGGUCGUCGCCCUGGUUUGAUUUGAAUGUUUAUGAUUGUCCCCAUACCGUUGAAGUUCUUCCUAGCUGUAACUGUUUUGCCAAACCCUCUGAUAAGCAGACUGUGUAUGGUGGAAAGGGUCGCUUGCUCUUUCUGUUUAAUCCAUCUGUGCCUCAUGUAGUAAGUGGACCUGUUGAAAUAAGGGAAGGUAGGAUUGUGCGCUACAUAAACAACUUGAAGUGUUCAGCGCACGGCAGCAAAUUAUUCGUUGGACGACUUGACAAGUGGUUUUCAGUCGAAAGAGGAAGUGUAGAGAACUUGCCUCAGUUUUUAGAACAUUGUUCACAUUAUCAUUGGAGUGUACUUACUAGUGUACUUACUCCUGACGGUUGUUACAUUGUUGUAGAAUUGAAGAAUGAAUGUGAUUCAACUGGAAGGUGUUAUAUCCGUUGGUCAGGUUUUCCUCCUGCACAGUUGCGUCAUGUAACAACAAAAUGCGUCCUUUCACCAGAUGGAAAAUUUAUUGCUUUACUGCAACAAACCAAAGUAACACUACACCGUGUUGAGUCUGAAGGAUUUUGUUGUACAGUUUUUGACGCCGAGUUUGGUAUCAUGGAUGCAUGGUUGAAAUUUUCCACUGAUAGUAGUUUACUUUUUGUUUGUAUGCAGGACAGCUUAAAGGGCCCACAUUUCUAUGUGUGGGAUAUUAGAAAAAGAGCAAUGUCACACUCAUUUAAAUCACCAGGACUACUGCUUACUGUAGACUGUUUUUGCAUUUCAUCUGAUAUGAGUUACCUCAUAUUGUGCGGCGGUUAUAACGAAAUUGAGGUCUGUGAGUUCAAGAACUUGAAGGAUCCCUUUCGUUUUUUGCAAAGCGUGGGAGUCGAGAAGUUUUACAACUCAGUCAAGUUCAGUUUGUGCAUCGUUUCACAGGACAACGAACUGCUAGUUUGCUGCAUCGCAAACCUUAUAUAUGUUUACAAACUCACUGUAGCUAAUAUCUAUUCGUCUAGGCAAAUUCUGCGUGGCCAUCUCGGCAAAAUUGAAUUCUGUAGGUUUUUAAACGGAAAACGGUUUCUUAUUUCCUAUGGUGUUGAUGGAAUGGUAUUCCUGUGGAAUAUUCCUGAGUCAAAAGCCAUUGGAUUUGCAAGAAUUGCACAAGGAGAUGAAAAGAUCGUCUUUAUGGCCGUGUUGCCUGAAGAGGACAGAGCUGUUUGUUUUUUAUCCUCAAUUCGAGUAUGCGAAAUAACUGUCAGCAAACUGGAGUGUGCUUUGUCUUCAAAAUUGCUGACGGCAUUGACGGAGGGCAAAUUAGAUUCACCUGAAACAAAAACACAGCUGGCAGAGCACAUGCCUUCAACUUCCAACAUUCCAACCUCGUCUCUCGAAGACUACAAGUCCGAACCUUCGUGGAAUUCUGACUUCGAAGAAGAUUUCUACAUACCGGAAAACUAUUUCUUUGAAUCUGACGAGUCUGACAUAUAA